AUGUCAGCCGCAAUGGCCACCAGUGGUAUGAAUGGCCUUGGUACCUUAGGCCGCCAACAUUAUGGUCUGCCUGAUGAUUUACCUGACGUGGUGAUCCCGGGUGGCCGGGUCGUCAACUAUCCUGCAAACAACUUUACGACUCUGCAGACGACCUCGACUUCCGUCUCUAAUACCAGUGCAACAGGAAUAGUGACUAUGGCUGGUGGCGGUGGUAACAACGGCUUGAUGAUGACUUUACCUGCGGGUGGCAUAGCAAACGUGAACUUUCCUGACCAGGGCCAGACUGUCUCUUCCUCUGGAAACUCUACACAGGCCAACACGGCGGCUAAUACCUUACUAAUGAGUGGUGUAGCACCUGGUGCUGCUGCAGGCUAUAGUGUGAACACUUUGGGCCCAAUGAGCAACCUGAACCCUGUAAGCACAAUGGGAACUAUGGGCAGUAACGGUGCCAAUGCGGUCACAAUGAAUGUGCGCAUGGGCCAUCCUAUGAUGAUGUCGCAGACUGGCUCUGUAGUUAUGAUGGACAAUGGUCAAAUGGCCGCCUUUCUCUCUGGACAACCACAGCAACAACAACAACAGCAACAAGGUAAGUUGGGCAAAGCUUAG